AUGGCUGAUCCCGGCCGCCCGUUCUCAGACGAAGGAGGCUUGGAACCUUGGGCGCUUAGUGCCACUGGCGAUCAUGAGAAAGCCGUCCCUGGCGCGAUGCCGAUGCCAAUAACAAGUCUAGAGGAUGAAAACGAUGAACUACUGCGCACUAAGAGCACUAAAUCGACCUCAUAUAGUAGCGAGCCCAGAAGUAUGGAACCAGGACCACAAAACCAGAAUGCUGGGCCUUCUCGGGAAUUCGACAAUCUCCACAUUUACUCAUCGGUUGACCGGGUCGAUGAAGCGGGAGCAGCAGACCAGAACUCACCAUCUGGAACUACCUAUGGAUCCUCGGCGAUCGUACCGAAACUCGCGGCUCAGGUGGAAGACGCUCCUGACUCGGCCAAAAACAAUAAUCUCGGCCUUCGGCAUGCUGAACCCCAGACUUGGAAUGCUUGUUCGCCCUCUUCAGUCCCUGAACAUGCCACCGGAUCAUGUUCCUCCAAGGGAAAACAGAAGGAGAAAGAGAAGGAAGUUCACUUCUCGACUCCCCCGGGUCAUAGUAAUCGCGAUGCGUCUCAUUCUGAGUGGAACGCAUCUCCGGACAGGCCCCCGGCCAAGUUGCCCAUUAGCUUCAAGGAUUGUGUGGGCCGAUACUUUGUGUUCCCUUGGGAGAAGGUGAAGACUUGGGAGGGCAUGGAACGCCUGAUCCUCGCUGCAUUCCUUCACGUCGAUAUCCUGGGUUCACACGUGUUUCAGGGCCAUUAUGACCUCUGGACGUACGACAUCUCGCCAGAGAGCGCGGCCUCUAACACAUCUACUGAUAUUACGCAGAUCGAGACGGGCAUGUCUAAGGAGCUUCUCGCCGCGUUUCGGCCGUCUUCCGGCAAAGUAGGUACGAGCGGCGCUAGCACCGCAACAACACCACCACCAAUCCCGUCAAUUUCUGCGCCGCUGCCUCCAUCUGUUCCCACGCCAGACCAAGGUCAAGUCCCUAUGUCCUCUUCAUCAUCAGCAUCAUCUUCGUCAUCUUUCUCAACUUCAUCUCCCCACACCAAUACACCCCCAUCUCAACCAGGCCCAGCAGCCCCCAAGACGAGCCACCAGCAGUACUUUACACCGGCCUCCGCAACGCGCCAAAAAUACAUCAUCCUCCCCGCCAUCUGGGAAGAGACCAUCAUCCCCGGAAUCCUCAUCUGCAUGGACCUGUGGCCUAUGGCCCCGCAACACUCUUCCUCAUCUUCUGGUGUUUUUGGUGCUGCUGGAGCUUAUUCAGCUGCUACACACGGACAUGGACGAGGUGGCGGAGGAGGAAUGCCCGGAGGUCCACCACCCGCUACUAAUGCGCACGUCGUGACCGGGACACCCGGGCCACCGCGUACGGUUUGGUACUUUCCACGACCGCUGAAGAGGAGGGGGAAGACGAGGAAGAAGCCUGAGGCGUAG